AUGGGGAAAAUAGAUAAAAUAAAUAUAUAUAAAAGGAUAUAUAUUUUACAUAAUACUUUUUUUUUUUUUUUUUUUCUUUUUCAGUAUAGUUUAGUAAAAAGAUUUCAUGAUAUUCAACAAAAAAUAGAUGUUUAUAAGAGUCAGGUGGGAGAUGUAAUAUGUAAUUCAAGCGCUCUUUCUAAGAUACAUAUUAAAGAUAAUUUCGAUACUAACACUUGCAGCAGGGCUAUGUUAUGUGUAUCCUAUAUGCAUUAUAUAAAAACAAAAGAUGAGUUCACAUAUGAAGAUUAUUUAUAUAUGUAUUAUUCUAUAUAUAAUAACCUUGGGGAAAAUAAUAAUAGAUCAGAAAUAUAUAAUAUAUGUAAUGCGCUGAUCAAUGCAUCUGGAUAUGAAAGCAAGGAUAUAUGUAAGCAUUUUAGUAUCACUGGAUUUUCUUAUAAUGAACUGGGGAAAAUCAAAAAUUUAUACAAUAUGUACAAGAGUCUUGAAAAUAUAAAGAAACAUUAUUGUCAAUCUAAGGAAAAUGAUGACUUUUGUAAAUCAGCGAAAGAUAUUAUUAAUGAAUAUUAUCCAUCAAAGCAUGAUCCUAGUUGUCAAGGGGUCAUAUAUAAAGUACCGGUCACACAACAUGCAAGUAUUUCUAUUCCUAUAUUAAUUACAAUUAUUACAAUGUUAAUAAUGUCCAUUUUAUUAUUUAUUGUAUUUAAGUUUACUCCAUAUGGAUCAUACUUGGUACGUAUAUUAAAAAGUAUUAGAAAUAUGUUUAACAAUAUCAAUGAAGAACAGCAGGUUCUGGAAGCAUCUGAAUUAUCAGGAAUUAUUUGUAAUGGCAGUAGGUAUAAUGUAUUAUAUCAUUGUGAAUAA